UGCAUGGGUAGGUUGCCWUUUUUCACGAAAGUUUAUAAAUUUUACAAGAGUUUGAAAAUAUUUUGUGAUUGUUUCUCCAAAUCAAAACAAUGGUGUCCAAUAAAGAUUUAGCUUUCCUCACCAUUACUUUGGCUGUGUGUGAAAUGAAAACUCUGAAAAAGAAACGACGAAAGCGCUCGUCAAAGGGGUGGUGCAUGCUGAGAAAUCGUUUUACACAUGAGCAUUUACUGCGCCAUCUUCGCGACACAGAACCUGAAGAUUUUAAAAAUUUGGAGCUGGUAAGACCUAAAGUUCAAAGACAAGAUACUGUAAUGCGCAAGGCCAUUCCGCCAUAUCAAAGGCUUUCAAUUACAUUAAGAUAUUUAGCGUUGUCGAACAUUAUCCUGGAAACAUGCGAAUCUAUCAUUGAAGCCUUAAAGGGAAMUAUACAGGUACCUGCAGACGGUUGGAAAGAAAUUGCUAAUGAUUUUGAAGAACAGUGGAAUUACCCCAACUGAUUUGGCAGUAUAGACGGAAAGCCUUUACUGAUAGAAAAUCCAGCCAACUCUGGAUCAUACUAUUACAAUUACAAAGGCACUUUCAAUAUUGUACUCAUGGCCAUUGUCAAUGCAAAUUAUCAAUUCAUGAUGAUUGACGUUGGUGCCAAUGGACGAGUAUCAGAUGGUGGAGUUAUKAAGAACACAGUAUUGUGGAGAAAGCUUUCAGAGAAUCAACUAAACUUUCCACAUCUCAGAUUGUGUUGAUUGGAGAUGCAGCUUUUCAGCUACAUCCAAAUUUCAUGAAGCCAUAUAAUCGUGCUCAAUUAACCAACGAGAAACGCAUUUUUAACUAUAGAUUAUCUCGAGCUCGACGAAUUUUUGAAAAUGMCUUUGGAAUUUUGACACAAAGAUUUAAAAUAUUCCAAAAACCAAUUAAAUUCAUCCUAAGAAGUGCUUAAAAUAGUAAUGUGUUGUUGUCAUUUACACAAUUACUUGUCAAACAGGAACCAGGCGUUUUAUAUACGAAGAGKUGAUGUGGACUAUGAGAAUACAAACAAUGGCACUUUCGAAGAUGGUUCUUGGCGAAAUGAGCAACAAAUUACUUUGCAACUUCAAAAAUCAAUCAGAGGUAACUCUACUGUUGAUGCGAAGAAUAUCAGAGAUGAUUUCACAAAAUAUUUCAACUCGCGCGCUGGUUCAGUUUCAUGGCAAAAUAAUUACAAUCUACAGYAGUAAUUUAAAAUACCACUCAUAUAUGUAUGUAGGAUUCAAAAUCAAAUAAAAAAAUUAAAAAAGAAGUUAUCAGUACUGUACUUACCUCUGUACUAUCAGUUGCAGCUAUGGCCAUUUGGUCUUUGAUGAACAUCAUCUCUUCAAAGUACCAUGCUUUUGGAGUUGGAAUAGCAUCCGUUAAUGCCUCUGAUCGCUUCGCACUUUCAAUUGCUUUGUAGUCUUUAUUAAAAUUUGUGCGCAAGACGUUUAUUUUCUUUUUAAUUUUUUCUAUAAUGAAGUCAGGUUUAUAAAGAACAAGUGCUGCAUGGAUUUUUUUAAAUGCUAAUUGUUUUUUUGUUUGAUUGAAAUAAUCUUUAGAUUUCACUUUCCACAACUCGGGCAAAUCACGAUAAAGAUUUAUUAGCAUAGAAAUAAAUGUUCACUUUCACUUGUUUCUGCCAUUGGGCACUUGUUCAGACUACUUAACGGGGCAAAAUUAUACACAUAAAUGAGCUCAUAUUGAUCAAUAAACGUUGUAGACGUAAAUAUGAGCAUCAAUAUAGUCGCCGUCAAUAUGCUUCAAUAUAAAAUCCUAUAAAUAUGCUUCAAUACGCCAUCAAUAUGUUUG